AUGUCCUACGGUCCAAAAGCUGCUGAGAGGUUGGCUAAUAAAAUUAUUCUCAUCACUGGUGCAUCAGCAGGAAUCGGUGAGGCCACUGCGAAAGAAUUCGCUGCUGCAGCUGAUGGGAACGUCAAGCUAAUCUUAACUGCUAGAAGAGAAGACAAACUUGAUGAAUUAUCGCAAGAAUUGAAGAAGACGUAUCCAAACAUCCAGAUUUACACUGUAGGAUUAGACGUUUCCAAGACUGAAACUAUUGCACCUUUCCUUGACUCGCUUCCCGAGGAUUUCGCGGACAUUGAUGUCCUUAUCAACAAUGCUGGUAAGGCAAUGGGCCUCGACAAGGUUGGAGAAAUCUUGGACGAAGACAUCAACGCAAUGUUCCAAACAAAUGUUUUAGGGUUAAUCGCAAUGACUCAACAUGUGUUGAAGAUAUUUAAAAAGAAAAACUCGGGGGAUAUUGUUAAUUUGGGUUCUAUCGCUGGAAGAGAUCCUUACCCUGGUGGAAGUAUUUAUUGUGCAACCAAAUCCGCAGUUAAAUUCUUCUCCCAUUCAUUAAGGAAAGAGUUAAUUGACACCAAGAUUAGGGUGUUUGAAGUUGAUCCAGGUAACGUGGAGACUGAAUUCUCCAAUGUCAGAUUUAAGGGUGACUUAGAGAGGGCCAAGAAGGUAUACGAAGGUACUGAACCGUUAUAUGCCCCAGAUAUCGCGGAAAUCAUCGUUUUUGGCUGUUCCAGAAAGCAGAACACCGUUAUUGCUGAAACCUUAGUAUUUUCUACAAACCAGGCCGGACCAUUCCAUAUCCACAGAAAUACAUAG